GUGGAAAGCAUAUAUAUUCUAGCGCCCAUUCUCCUGUCCGAUGGCCGGUAGACUCAGAGGUGUCUGCCAUUCUGAUACAUUUACUCAAUUCGUACAACACACUCUUUGUCGGCAUCGUCAGCGGAAAUCUCUAGAUCUACUCUCACUGCACCAUCGCUUAGAUCACGCCUGAUUCACCGCUUCAUCAAGAUGUUCAGAUCAGCGCUUCUCGCUCUGCCUCUAUUACUAGCCUUAAGCAUCCAAGCGGUCCCCACGCUCCACGACAUCGAAUGCAAACCCUCCAAGGUGGAGCUAGGCCAUUCCGUCAACGUAACAUGGAAAUUGCGCGAAGACAACAGCAAGCCAUCACGAGGCGUGUUCACAUGGCAGAUCUAUGCGCAAAACGCUGUCAGCAACGCAUCGGAGGAUGCUGGGACGCCGGUGAACGGCCCAUCGAGCACCAAUCUGCUGACGGAUAGUAAUAUCUCGGGGCAGUUGGAUUGGUAUCAGUACGGGCCUUCCGCGCUCGUGAACUACACGAAUCAAAAUUUAUGUUUGUCAACAAGCCUGCCAUACGGGAAAGAUGUGGAUGGGCUUGGAAAUCCCGAGGGGUACAGCGAGCAGACAUUCUGUCCGUUGAAGUGCAAAGUUGCCCCGCCGUCGCGGAACUACACACUUUUCGAGUCAGUGCACUUUAGUCCCAAGACGGUGCGCGUGGGCGACAAGCUCAAGAUUACAUGGAAGUACCAGCGGGGCUUCAACUUCCCGAAGAAUGUGCUGCUCUCGAUCUUCUUCUUCUCCGAUUACUUCGAGGAGCUACCCCAAUACGCCAUCAACAACGUCGCAGCCGACAAAGGCGAAUACACCCUGAAGGUCCCGCAAGACCUUCGCGACUUUGUCACCAAAAACGAACGACUUAUCGGCGACCAGUUCUCUUACCGCCUAUACAUGCAAUUGACAUUCCCGCCCCAAACGAACGUGCUGGGGAAUGUGGCUGCACCCGGUAAUUUGACCGUGUUGGAUCGCAAACCUUGCACGGAUAGCAACUGUAGACGCAGGAGGGCACACUGUAGAGACUCGGGAAGGUCUGGAAAGUUCGCGAGGGUGAGGAGCGACAUGUUUGAGUCUUACUGAUCGGGAUAGGGACUGAGAUAGUCCCAAGAAUGUAUAGUAUACACAACUUGAGUAAUGAAAUGUACAGCACAAGGGUCGGAGUGGAAGAGACGCGUGAGGGA